GUGAACCGUGCUAUCGACACACUGCAUUGACCGAGUAAAAGGGAAAACGCCAAGACGUUAUAGGCUGAUUAUUAUACCGAAACAACUGCAAGUAUCCUACCGUUUGUGUGUGUGUGUAACUCUGUACAUAGUACUCGGUGGGUCGGGAUACAGGCCACCGGUAAAGUCGACACCUGUUGCUGGCGAGUAUAAGAUUCACUCAAGAUGGCUCUCGACAACCCUACAUACGACAACCCGGGUGUAGAUAGUCCGAUGCAGAACGGUCUCAGUGACAGUCUAGAUCCUGUCUACCAGUACUGGACACCGAAAGGAGACGUCAAAACAAGACAGUUCCAACUUCACGGUAGAUCCGCGCAAUAUGAAGUGGAUACGAAGUCAUCAAAAAGAUCUACACUGAUAACCGGCAUUGUGCUGGGUUCAAUUGCUAUUAUCGUUGGGAUAUCAGUAGGGUUAGCUAUAUACUUUAUAGGGCCCGAGACAGAGCCCGCCGUGACUCCUAUAGUAACUGAAAAACCUAUUACAACGACAGCUUAUCCUGUAGUGGAGGGAAAAGCAGGUCAGCUUAAGAUAGAUGCCUCUAUGGUUAUAGACUUUUUAGAUGGUGAAGAAGUAGAAUUUAUAUCCGAAUACAAUGAGCCAACAUCGGAUGAAUACAUCGCGCUAGAAAACAAAAUAAAAAAUAAUUUAGACAAUAUUUACAUGAACAGUUCAAUAGCUGAUGUUUACAAUGGAUCAACAAUAUUAGAUUUUGCCCCCGGCAGUAUCAGAGUAUCAUUUCGACUGAAUAUUAUUGUUCCGGAUACGUAUAAUGGCGGUGGUGAUGCGACGGAUAGUCCCGAUUUUAUACCGUCAGCGAAUACUAUAAUAGACAUACUUAUUGAAGUGGUGAUAGUUUCUGAGGGCGAUGGGUCAAUUGGUGUACGAGAAAACAGUAUUGUUAUAACCCAAGUUAUAAGCCCACCACAACCUACUCGAGUGCCAACUCAUGAACCAGCUCCACCAACGCAAAGACCGCCUAUCACUACGGUCCUGCCCACAGGACAACCAACAGUCUAUAGGCCAACUGGUACAAGACCACAUACAACUAAACAUCAAACAACAAAAUCAGCUACCUUGCCACCAGAACAAACAACGUCACAACCAACUACGCCAUUAGACCAGACACAUCGUCCAACUACAAGAGUAACCACGCCACCUGGCCCGACGCAUCGUCUAACAACAAAGAUAAUCACCACACCUGGCUCUACACAUCCUUCAACAAAAACAACUGGCACCCCAGAACAGCAGCAGACAACAACACAAGAACAGCCUGCACCAACUACGAUUACCGCACUGCAAACCACUCCGCCACAUCGCCCAACUGAUCAAUCAACCACUGCUAGCAGACCAACUGCACAUCCCUCAACAAAAACGACUGGCACCCCAGAACAACAGCAAACAACAACAACACAAGAACAGUCUGCACCAACCACCAUUGCAGUUCCGCAAACCACUCUUUCACAUGGCCCAACUGAUCAAUCAACCACCGCUAGCAGACCAACUGCACAUUCCUCAACUAAAACGACUGGCACCCCAGAACAACAGCAGACAACAACAACACAAGAACAGUCUGCACCAACCACCAUUGCAGUUCCGCAAACCACUCCGUCACAUGGCCCAACUGAUCGAUCAACCACUGCUAGCAGACCAACUGCACAUUCCUCAACUAUAACGACUGGCACCCCAGUACAACAGCAAACAACAACAACACAAGAACAGUCUGCACCAACCACUAGCAGACCAACUACAACGCCAGGUUUUGUGUGUGGAGAUAGCUACACUAUAUUUCCUGGUGACUCUCAACGAGUGACUUCACCAAAUUACCCGAUGGCGAACACUGAUCAAAUAAAUUGCCUUUGGUUUUUGUCUGUUGACGAUGGCAGACAGAUGAUAGUUCAUAUAGAGGCUCUCAACACACUGUCAUUCGAUUUUUUGGAAGUCGGCAAUGGUGAGGAUGCUUUCAACGGCAGUUCUAUCAUAUACAGCAUCAGUGGGAACUAUGCCCCACCUGACGUCCUAUCAUCAGGAAACAAAAUCUGGAUAAGUUUUGUGGCAAGUGGAACAACAGAGAACCAAGGAUUUUCUCUCCAAGUUGUUGACACUAAAGAUGGUGACUUCGUGAUUGUGAGUGAUGCUAACCUCAUGAGACGUAUAUUCAUCGAUAAUGCAGACGUACAAGACGUAUUUCAAGUUUCAUAUGAAGUUACAAAAAUUGCUUAUGAUUGGGUGGAUGAAUCAGCAUUUUGGAUCGAGGGGGAUACCAUAAUCAGGGAAUGGAGAGUGAAUAAAAUAUAUACAGCCGCCUCUUUUGUUAGCUGGAAAACACACAUGCCAAUGGAUCUCAGUGUUGAUUCUCUAUCCCGAAAUAUUUAUUGGACGGAUGAAGUACGGGGUACCAUAGAGGUUGCCAAACUUGAUGGCAGUAUGCGUAAGGUUUUACUUACAGGGCUGUCUUCACCUUAUCCAAUUGAAGUAGCUGCUGUUUCAGGAUGGAUGUUUUGGGCUGAUUUCUUUGAUCAAACGAUAUAUCGUGCCUACACAAAUGGUGAUAAUAUGGAGACUUUUAUCACUGACGUUGGAUCAGUCUCAGGAAUGGCAAUAGAUCAUGUUGGCAAGAAAUUAUUCUGGUGUGAUUGGGAAUAUGAGCAAAUUGAAGUGUAUGAUAUGAAUUUAGGAGAGAGAAAAGUAAUUAUUUCUGUCACCUACCCGAUGGAUGUCGCUGUGUCCGCCACUCACAUCUACUGGACAGAUCAGUUUGCAAAUGGGCUGUUUCAAAUUGAACAAAGUGCAAAUAAUGUUUCAGAAGUGGUCCCAUUUGGGCCACAGAAUUAUACAAUGCCAACUGGGCUCUUUGUUCAAACACUAGUCUCCAUACCUGACGGCACUAAUGGAUGUGCUGUGGAUAAUGGUGGGUGUGAUCAUUUCUGUUUUCCUGUACCAGGACCAAAUAUCACUUGUGAAAACCCAGAUGGUGGGAUAGGAGAUGAUUGUGGUGAAUGGAUAGACAUAUCUAUGUAUAAUACAGAUCUGGUUUAUUAUCUGGAUACUGACAUCCUAAAUGGUGAGGAUGAAUGUACCUGGAUCAUUCAGGGUACUGCUGGGUUACUCGUGGAUGUAACUUUCAUCAACGUACCUUCAGACUGCACAUAUAGUAUCACCAUAGGAAGCGGUUCAGACGUAUUGAUGAACACCAUUGUGACUUUCACCGAAGCAUUGUUUUAUUCAGGUGUUUCAUUCACAUCGGAUGUAAGCUCUCUGUGGAUGCAGAGGAAUAAUAUGAGUUCUGGAUGUAGUGGCGAUGUUGAGGUGUUCGUUGGAAACACAGUGUGUGGAAGACACAUCACAUCUACUGACUACGUAACAUCAAUCUGGUCUCCAAAUUAUCCAUAUGAUUACGGACGCAACCGGGAAUGCAUCUGGACUGUCUCGUUUGAACCUGGAGAAGAAAUUCAUGUCCAGUUUUGGGAUUUUGCAACAGGACAAAACAUUGAUGUUUUGACAUACGGGAAUGGAUUACAGCCAGACACUUCAGUUAUUAGAUCUUCAUCAGGGUUAGUGCGUCCUGAGAAUUUUGUAUCAGAUAGCAAUGAGCUAUGGUUUACAUUCACUACUGGAUCGCAGCAGUCUUCCAGGGGAUUCUACAUUGAAUUGAAAGUGUAUGACCAAGCCUGCAGUCCAACUGAGUUUGUGUGCACAAAUGGUGCUUGUUUAUCUCCAGCGAUGGUUUGUGAUGGGAAUAAUGACUGUAGUGAUAGUGUGGAUGAGUGGCUCUGUUUUGAUGUCGUUCAGCCAACUAUAAAGCCUAGUGUAUCCAGCCCAAUCACAACUAAACCACCUAUAUAUAUUUACCUGUCUGAAGAUGGCAUCGCCAAUAUUUCAACUCCCAACUAUCCUGAAAUUUACCCUGAGAACGAAGACAUCACAUGGAUAAUUAUUGGUCCAGCACAUCAGCGUCUUUUAGUGACAUUUAUGCGUAUUUUUAAAAUAGAGACUAAUUAUGAUUUUCUCUAUAUUGGCGAUGGUGAUACCCCGAGUGAUGAUUUUAUUAUACUAAUGGGCACCCUGAAACCUUUAGAUUAUCUAGCAUCAGGUAAUUCGGUGUGGAUGCGAUUCACUUCCGAUGAUAUAUAUUCGUUGGAUGGAUUCCAAGCUAUAAUUUACUCUGUAGAAUUGUGUCCUGCUAAUUAUAGCUGCGAGAAUCAGGCAAUGUGUGUUGUGACUGCGGAUAACCCAUCCUAUUGUGUCUGUCCAGAAGGAUGGGUGGGGUCCUUUUGUGAAAACGAAUUUGACCCAUGUGAAGUGCACCAGUGUGCCAAUGGUGGGACAUGUGUUUCUGAAGGUUCUACCUACAACUGUCUGUGCCGACCAGGAACACUAGGAACUCUCUGUUCCAUAAUUCGAGACGAUUGUACGUCCAAUCCAUGUGUUGGUGAAUCUGAAUGUAUUAGUAUUAUUAAUGGUUUCCUAUGUCAGUGUGGACCUGCUUAUACCGGGAAACGCUGUCAAAUCUACAUUGAGCCGAUCACAUUUAGUGUUGAAUUCAUGAUCACAAAUAUCACCUUUGUUGAGGAGUAUGAAGACUCUACAACAGUUGAAUACCAGCAACUAGAGAUGAAGGUCUUAUCAUCGUUAAGUGAAGUUUAUGAGCCAACUUUGAUAAACCAUGCUGAUACAGUGGUAGAAAUUACAGGAUUUAAAAGGGUAUGCGGUGAUGAAUUUGUGAUCAGCAUUGGGGAAGUUGUUUCCCUGACAACUCCAGGGUAUCCAGGCUACUAUGUAAGCAAUACAACAUGUAUAUGGAAGGUAACCACAGAUGUAGACCGACGUUUGUUUGUCCAUGUAGAUUUUCUUGAUGUCGAGUAUGAACAUGAUUAUUUGUAUGUAGGCAAUGGAGCCGAUUUAUAUGACAACUCUACUAUUUACUACAUUACUGGAUCUGUGCCACCUGUGGAUGUCCUCACCGAGGGUAACCAAUUAUGGGUUAAGUUUAGUGCUGAUGAUUUUAUCAAUAAACAAGGAUUUUCCAUGUCCAUCUAUGAUACAAUCGGUGACUUUAUUCUGACUGCUGAUUACAUUGACAAUCUGGGACGUAUAUUUUUGGAUAUUCCUGAGGAAUCUUACAAUCUCAAUCUGCCGAUACAUUUGGUUGACAAACCAAGACGUGUGUCGUAUGAUUUUGUCAGUGAUGGUAUUUACUGGGCAGAAGAAAAAGGUCAGAUUAAAGUUGCUGAACGCAAGAAUGAAAGAUACAAUGUGCAAACUGUUGCAAGUUGGAAAGUUUCAGAUGUAAAAGGAUUGAAUAUUGAUCCACUGUCAAGGAAUGUUUACUGGACUGACACUGCCAGGGGAACGAUUGAAGUGGUUAAUUUGGAGAACGGUUGGCGUCGUGUUCUGCUUUCAGGGCUUGCCAGGCCUGGCCCAAUAGAAGUAGCAGCCGUUUCUGGGUGGAUGUUCUGGGCAGAUAACGAAAACGAUGAAGUUAAUGCAACUGAUAAUGUUAUUUAUCGUGCAUACACCAAUGGUAGCAAUAUGGAUAGUUUUAUCAGGGGAGUUGGUUAUGUGUCUGGAAUGGCAAUUGACCAUAAAGAUAAAAAGCUGUUUUGGUGUGACUAUCGCACCGAAACUGUUGAAGUAUACCAUUUUCUGAGUGGAACAAGAUCGGUUGUGUUAAAUCUAGGUUUGUCAGUAUCGAUUGACGUUGCUAUAGACUCCAACUAUAUCUAUUGGAUGGAUCAGUAUUCUAAGGAUUUGAUGCGAGCCGAUCGGAGUGGCAAUAGUAGUGAUACAUUCAUAUCACAGCAGUACUCACUCGGGUGGGGGUUGUACGUGCAGACUCUUCAUUCACAACCUGAUGGGACAAACAUGUGUGCCAAUGAUAAUGGCGGUUGCCCGUACUUUUGCUUCCCGAUACCCGGAAAUGACAGAUCUUGUGAAGAUCCAGAUGGAGGAAUUGGGGAUGCAUGUGGAGAGUUUGUUGAAUUGGAAGAAGCUGAGAACAUCACUUUGCACCCACAGUUUGUAAAUAGUUAUGAUUGUGCCUGGAUAUUCAACACUCAGCCGGGUCGGUUCGUAGAGGCGACUGUAGAUACGACUAGCGUCUCGCAGUCAUGUGCUUACAAUAUAUCAGCUGGAAAUGGUGUGACGAUUGAGAGUGGAAUAAUUGGUGCAUGGGACCAGUCAGUUGAUCUUCACAGAGUUCAAACUUUAUUAUCCAGUGGGCAAACUUUAUGGAUACACGCACAAUUCUCAGAGGACUGUGCCGUAGAUGAUAUUGCUGUUACAGCCAGGGACACAGAUGGGUGCGCAGGUGUCUAUGAUAUCACCAAUAAUGAUGAGUAUGUCAGAAUUACUUCACCGAACUUCCCACUAAAGUACGACAAUUCUCGAACUUGCGUCUGGCUCUUUAGCUCUCCAGCCAACACCAAGAUGAACAUUAAUUUUUGGUCAUUCCAAACGGAGGUUGAUUCUGAUUUAUUAGGUUAUGGAGUUGGCUUGGAUCCCACACAAGAAACGCUUCAAGAUAUUUUUUCAGGAGAUCACAGACCGACCAAUGUUGUCUCUCAAACUAACUUAAUGUGGAUCUACUUUUCUUCUGAUUUGUUGGUCACAAAGAGAGGAUUUGUCUUUGAUGUUCAUCUCUACAAUUCUGUCUGUGAGGAAAGUGCUAUGGUUUGUCCGAAUGGCAUGUGCUUUUCUGAAAAUAUUAUCUGUGAUUAUGUGGCCGAUUGCAGUGAUGGAACUGAUGAGAAAUAUUGCUUUGUGCCAAUGAGGCCAACAGCUUCCUCUUCGCCUAUGACAACAGCAUUAUUUACAACUCCAGAGUCAACAUGUGGAGAAACAAUAUACUUACCACCAAAUGGAAAAAGAAACAUUACAUCACCAAAUUACCCUGAAGACUACCCCCCAGAUAGCAACUGCUUGUGGUUGGUGUCGACUGAAGUCGGAUACAAUAUUCGACUAGACUUCACAUAUGUUAAGCUUGAAAAUACAUAUGAUUAUAUUUAUUUUGGAUUUGGAGAUGACCCCAGUGAUGUUACAACGCAAAUAGAUGAAAUAACAGGCGUUGAAAUACCUCCUGAUUACAUCGCUAAUGGUCGUGACAUAUGGAUACUUUUUACCUCAGAUAAUAUAGUACAGGAAAAAGGUUUUCUUGCAUCUGUGUAUAGCCUUGAAGGAUGUGGAACAGAUCUCACUUUAGUAGAAGAAGAAACUACUACAAUAUCAUCGCCUAAUUACCCAGAGAGCUAUGACUUGAACAAAGUUUGCACCUGGAUGGUUCACGUUUCAGAAAAUCGUGGCAUCAGGCUCACCUUCCUGGCUUUCAACACCGAGGAAUGCUGCGAUUACUUGACUGUUGGAACUGGAAGUGAUAUCAAUUCAGAAGAUUCUGUUAUUGCGUCGUAUUCCGGAAUGGUUGUUCCAGAAGAGUUAGUUGUCAUGUCUCGGGAUAUAUGGAUCCAAUUUUCAUCUGAUGUGAGCUUUGCAUCAUCAGGUUUUGAGAUACUCAUAAGUGAUACUUCAUUUUGUGUUGACUUAUCAACACCCAGUUGUGAUCCCUACCGACCGUACAGUGGCCUGAGAGUCGCCAGUGAAGAUAAAUCAAUGAAGCGAAACAAAAGGCAAAGUGGAGGCGGAUUUGAAUAUGAAGGCUGCCACCAAUACAUUAAUCUUUUCAUGUGUGCCGUCCUUAGUCCAGAGUGUAUGUCUAACGGCGAUUAUCGACAAGUCUGCCAAAGUUUCUGUGAUGAAGUGGAAAGUGCUUGUAAAUCAGUUAUUGAAGGUGGUGGGAGUGUGUGGACUAUUGAUUGUUCCACUAUGCCGGUGUUGAGUAAUGAAACAGGAUGUAUAGAAAUAACAGGGUGCAUUGGAAAUCCUUGUGUAUAUGGUGAAUGCCAGCCACUGGAAAACACUGAUUAUGAAUGCGAUUGCAUACCGGGAUGGGAGGGGACAAACUGUGAUAUUGAUACAAAUGAAUGUGCUGAAGAUCCUUGUUUCAAUGGUGGUACUUGCAUCGAUGACGUUAACGAUUUUUCUUGUCAAUGUCCCAACAAUACUGCAGGCAAAAAUUGCUUUUGUCAGCUUGAAACCACUCCAAUAUGCCAGUCAUCUCCGAUAUCAAAGUACACUGGAUCAGGAAGCUUGCUAUAUACAGAAAAUGAAUUCAACAUUUUAAUGCAUAAUCUAACACAGCUUGAUUGUUAUCCAUAUACAGACAUAUUAUUAUGUGCUUUGUAUGACCAUCCAUGUGAUGAUAACGGCAACACACUGCUACCCUGCAAAGGCUUUUGUCGAGCUGCUAAAAAUAACUGUGCCCGUCCACUUGCAUUGAUUGGUAUUACUUGGCCAUUUGAGUGUGAUGAUCUGCCUGAAUCACUAGACCCAACCAUAUGCUAUGGUAGUCAAUACAUCUUGUAUAACACAACUGGCAUUUGUGGAACACGACCAGCAUCAGUCGUUAGGAAUAGAAUAGUUGGUGGAGAUGAAUCCUCCCUUGGAGACUGGCCAUGGCAAAUAGCACUCUACAGAUGGGGUGUACACUGGUGUGGAGGUACUGUCAUUGACAGCCAGUGGAUUUUGACAGCCGCCCACUGUGUGGAAGGAGACUCAGAGACAAUAUUCGACGUUAUUCUGGGAAUUGUGAACUUAGAAAACUCAGCAUCACCUCAUAGAGUUGCCAGGCAUGUAUCGGAAAUACACAUCCAUCCUGGUCGUAAUUCAGUAAAACGAGAUUAUGAUUAUGCACUUCUUCGCUUGAAUAUGCCGGUAGAGUUCAACGACUUCAUACGACCAGCCUGCUUGCCUACAGAUGAUCCUAAUUUUUUCCCUGAUACACAGAUAUGCUAUAUAACUGGUUGGGGUAGUCUCUAUGAAAAUGAAAUCUACUGUCCUGACACCUAUUUUCAAUGUUCUGAUGGUAUUACAUGUAUUCCCAGUUCAUCAGUCUGCAAUACAUUCGCUAAUUGCCCUGAUGGUGGUGAUGAAUUAGAGUGUGAAGAAGUGUGUCGUGAAGAUUUGGUCGUAGAGAAUGUACCAAGCUCUCUGACUGUCGUUGACUUUCCAAGAGGAAAUGGAGCCUAUGAUGCGGAACUAUUUUGUAUAUGGGUUGUGACAAUUGAACCUGGUGCACUGAUAUAUGUAGAAUUCACAUUUUUCGACACUGAGCUUUGUUGUGAUUAUAUUAAGAUGGGGAACGGCAGGAACCCUUACAACCCAGGAUCUAUUGUUUUAGACAAGUACGCUGGGCAUGUCAAACCACCUACAUUUGUUUCUACUGGUGAUGCAGUUUGGUUAACGUUUCAUUCAGACGAACAGGUCCAGAAAGAUGGCUUUGUAGUUGAGUUUUCAAAGGCGACGGGAACAGAAUGCCUAGGAAAAUACGAGUGUCCAAAUGGACUGUGUAUCCUACUAGAAAAGGUUUGUGACGACAUUGAUGACUGUAUUGGAGCUGAAGAUGAAAUGGGCUGCGGUGAGCCUUGUCUGGAAUACAUUAUUUUCAGUCCAGGUGAAAUUGUAAAUAUCACUUCGCCGAACUACCCGUAUUAUUACCCAGGGGACACGGAAUGCCUGUGGAUUGUCAGUAACGACGGAGGAAAAAGCGUUGUAGUGAAGUUUCUUGAAUUCAAAACUGAAAUGGGUUUUGACACUGUGAGCAUCGGAGUUGGCAUCAAUAGCUCGGCACCAUCAUCGGUGAGACUCAACAGCAUAUCUGGUACCACACUUCCAGGGACAUACAUAUCAGAUGAUAAAUCCAUAUGGAUCACUUUCAACAGUGAUGGGUCUGUUAGUGACAAAGGAUUUUUCCUGAUGCUGUCUGAUGGUACAGACAAAUCAUGUAGUGAUGUUGAGCCAGAUUCUUAUCAGUGUGGAAACACCGUCUGUAUAAGCGACAUGAAACUAUUCUGUGAUGGUCAGAACAAUUGUGGAGAUUUCUCCGAUGAAAUAGGCUGUACAUGCCAUCCAACCAUACAAUUCCAGUGCGCAGAUGGACCUUGUGUUAAUUGGGAUAGUCUUUGUGAUAAUGUUAUUGAUUGUCCGCUCGGUGAAGAUGAAGCAUUCUGUGAUCCAUUUACCUGUCAAAAUGGACAUACUGUGUAUGAUGUUCAUGUAUGUAAUGGUAUAAAUGACUGCGGUGACAAUACUGAUGAAAUGGGCUGUGAUUGUUCUGAUCUACAAUUUGACUGUGGUGAUGAAUGUAUCAAUAUAAACUACCAAUGUGAUGGAAAAGCUGAUUGUUCUAAUGGACUGGAUGAAGAAAAUUGUGAUUGUGCCAGUUGGCAGUGGCAGUGCGACAAUGGUGAGUGCAUUCCAUUCUGGGAUAUGUGUAAUCGUCAUGUGGACUGUGCUGAUGGAAGUGAUGAAAUUGGUUGCAAUGUAUGCAGUGAGUAUGAAUUCACAUGCCGUAGCUACUACUGUGUGUCUCUGUCAAGUGUGUGUGAUGGUAAUUUUGAUUGUCCAGACGGCAGUGAUGAAUUCAACUGCUCCUGUACAGAAAAUCACUUCAACUGUAGCAAUGGAUACUGUAUAAACAAAGACCGGGUUUGCAAUGAUUACGAAGAAUGUGCUGAUGGAUCUGAUGAAAUGCAACACUGUGAUACUGUUCCAAGAUGCGGUGGGGAUAUUACCCUUUUAGGCAAUUCCAGUGUCAUUAAUUCGACUAACUACCCAUCACCAUAUCCAGAAAGCCGCAACUGUCAUUGGAUUGUACAAGGCCCACCAGGAAAUAGCUACCUUGAUGUCACUUUCCUCGAUUUCCAACUCACUGACUUUGUCCUAAUCGGGUGGGGUGAAGACUCGUAUGAUAUAUCCACUGUAGUGUCUAGAUACACUGAUAUGGACAAUACACAUCCUCAGGGAAUGUUCACAAUAGUCGGUAAUUCAAUGUGGAUCAGGCUUGACACAGAUUACAUCACUAAUCCAGCAGAUAUAGGAUUUUCUCUCUUAGUUGAGACAUCCAAUGGAUUACUCUGUGAUGAAGGCUUUCUUUGUGCUGAUAAUAAGAAAUGUAUUCCAGAGUCUUUCCAGUGUGAUGGAAUAAACGACUGUCUUGAUAUCAGUGAUGAGUACACCAAUUGCUGUCCAGAUGGUCAGUUUUCUUGUGGAAUUAUUGAUACAUGCAUUGAAGAAAGUAGUGUGUGCAAUGGAACCAUAGAAUGCCCGAAUGGUCUAGACGAACGUGAUUGUGAUUAUUGCUCUGAUACUGAAUAUACUUGCCCGGAUGGACAAUGUAUUCCACUAUCUAGCCUAUGUAAUGGUGUAAGUGAGUGUGUCAUGGAUUAUGAUGAAGUCGGUUGUGUAAUCAGAAACCAGGCUGAUGUUGCAUUUGGUCAGUCAUUCGUGGAAGUUUUCAUGGAUAACUGGCUACCCUUAUGCAUUGAUGAAAGUGACUUUGACCCUGUCUAUGGUAACUUGAUUUGUCGUGGAAUAGGAUAUAGGUCAUACAGAAAUAUUUCCUUCAGUGCAGCGCCUUCAAGAUCACUCUAUGCAGUGCUGCAAAGUUCUCUUCCCUCAAAUACUCAAUAUACUCAUUUACAUGGACUGUUAACUACAAGUGCUACAUGUGAUGGUGGGACAACAGUAGACAUUGACUGCCAACCAUACGAAUGUGGCAGUAUACCCUCAAGCAGCAAUAGAAUCGUAGGUGGAGACAAUGCAGUGCCUGGUUCCUGGCCAUGGCAGGUUUCACUCCAGUUUGAGGGCAGUCACUUCUGUGGAGGUGUCAUUAUAGAUGAACAGUGGAUCUUAACAGCAGCUCACUGCGCCUUUAUUGAAGGAAAAGACGUCUUGCCUGUAGAUCCACAUCUAGUCGUUGCUCUAGCUGGUGUGAAUGACCUGACAGAUAAAAACGCAGUGCGAUUGAAAAUUUCUGAAGUACAUAUCCAUCCUAUAUUUAGUAUGAAUCGCUUCCACAAUGAUAUUGCUUUAAUGAAGUUGGAGCAACCAUUGGUGUACAGUGACUCAAUACUACCAGUGUGUUUACCCCAAGCAAACUUCACUGUUUCAGAAGGGGAUUACGCUUGGGCAACAGGCUGGGGUACAGUAUGGGAAUAUGGGAGAGUACCAAUGGUACUUCAAGAAGCUAAAAUCCCAUUAAUGCCAGAUGAUGCAUGUUCCUAUUAUUAUGCAUUUACAACUGAGAAGACCAUCUGUGUUGGUGUUAAGAGUGGCUACUUGGGUGUAUGUCAUGGUGACAGUGGCGGUCCUUUGAAUUACCUUGGUGAGGACAACAAAUGGUAUGUUCUGGGUGUGACCAGUACAACAACAACAUGUGGAUCUGCUCGUAACCCAGCAGCCUACACAGAAGUUAGGCACUACUAUGACUUCUUCCAGCAGACAACAGGAAUAGUUUUUGAUUUUUGAAGCUCAGUUUUGCAUUGCAUAGCGUAUAUAGAAGGCAAGUGUUACUGCCAUAUUUAAACAGGGUGGUCUUUUCAGUGAAGAUCAGGUUGCCUGGUUACGCAUCAUUAGCAGCCCAGCCAUCAUUAAAUAUAGUUUUGACAAUAUCUUGAAAAUGUAUAAUUUUUUUAAAAAUUCAAACUUUAUUCAAAACCAUUUGCUUGUGCAUCUACAAACUGGAUGGUGUUGCAGGUGUAUACAGCAUACAAGUGACAACAAACGAAUCAAUUUUCCAUUUGAACUAGCAAUAAUUAUGGAUGGAA